GUAAAACUAUCAGUUGAAGAAGCAAAGAUGAUAGUUAACAAGACGGUUCUUUGGUUCAUAUUCUUUAUACUGGUGUUUGUUGGAACCUGUUCCUGCUCCUGGGGGGAUAAUUCUCCUGAAUUCAGGAGUUGUACUGAAGCUUGCACGCGGAGUAAUUGUUCCCAUCCCAGUGACCUGGAGAAAUGGAGUUCAGCUCAAUCUUUUCCUGAAAAAUUCAUUGGUUGGUCUUGUUCAGAUGACUGUGUUUACGGGUGUAUGUGGAGCUCUAUGCAGAUCCUCUUCAAGCGGUACGGCAGGGUACCACAGUACUUCGGCAGGUGGCCAUUUAUUAGAAUACUCGGUCUACAAGAACCUGCCUCCGUUGUUUUCUCCCUUUUCAACUUUGUGAGUCAUCUUUACAUGCUCAUCUGGUUCUUACGUACAGUUCCUAGCAAAGCCCCCAUGUACAGUGUUUGGAUUUUAUACUCCCUUGUCUCGAUGAAUGCUUGGAUUUGGUCUUCCGUAUUUCAUUCUCGUGAUACACCUCUUACAGAAAUGUUGGAUUAUUUCUGCGCAUUUUCUACAGUUCUCUGCUCCUUGUUGACAUUUUGUUUACGCAGUUUACAAUCCCGGCCUCAAUAUAUGCCGAGAUUGGUUAUUAUCUGUUCCUGCCUAUGUUUCUAUGUAUCCCACGUUGUUUCUAUGGCAACUGUUCGGUUUGACUAUGGCUACAAUAUGAAGGUUAACAUCACUGUUGGCGGAAUCAAUUGUGCUUGCUGGUUAGUUUGGUUUUUCCUCAACAGAUGGCAGGGGAAACAUAUUAAGCAGGGAGCUGCUGCUGUUCUAGCUGUAUCAGUGAGUGUACUCCUGGAACUGCUCGAGUUCCCGCCAAUUCUCUGGUCUAUUGACAGCCACGCUCUCUGGCAUCUCGUCACUGCUCCACUUCCAAUAUUCUGGUACAGGUUUGCUGCAGGAGAUUGUUUGCACCUCCUGGAUAAUCUCUCUAAACCCUCGUUUAAGAAGAAUAUAUAAAAUGUAUAGAAAAUAUCUUCAAGAAAACAUCAAGGAUAAUAUUAUUUAAUAUAUUGCUUUGUAAGUUGUAAACAUUUUAUUAUUCCAUCGAAUGCAAUUGGCUCGAGUAAUAUAACUGAAAAUUACAUUUUGCGUAAGGAUAGGUUUAUAUUUGUGUUAGAAUAAUUUGACAGUUUUUUUUAACAGUUUUUUGCUUAGAAUGGUUUUAAGUAAAAGUAACAUUUCUCAUUUUUUCAAAGCGGUGAACUAUGAAAAUUAUCAACGCUAAAUUUGUCAAUAUAGGAAUGUAUUUUCUCCUAAUUUUUCCAACGUUUAUGUUGUGCUUCGGUGAGCGUUUGUGUAAUGUGCAUUGGGUACUGGGGUUUCUGUGCAGAGAACACUGUACUGGAAACUGUGUUCUUAAGUACCAUUUUUUUUAUUGCUACAAUUAUUAACUAAACAGUUAUUUUUCUUAUUAUUAUGCGUUUAUCGUGAUGUUAAUGAUUUCCAUUCAAACUAAAUCAUGCUUAUACAA